CCAACAUUAUAUUUUAUCGCUUUGACUUCUUUGUCUAGAAAAUAUAAAUCAAUGUUGUUCUGAUCAAAUAUUUUAACAACAGCGGCACAACAGAAAGUUGUCUGUCCGGAGACGGAAUAUAGGUUAUGCAUACUUCGUAUUGAACUUAAUCGUAAUGACCGAGAACUUGACAUUGACCACGACGCUUUUUAACUUUUAAACAAUACUGAAUUUUAUUAUUUUACAAUACCCUUCUCAGAAUAAUAAGGUGUCAAUAAAAUGUCUGAAAACACAAAUUUAAACAGAUGGGUCACUCUCUCUUCACAUUUUGGAUGAGUAUUUACGAUGAGUGUUGCCUCUCAUGUAGGUACAAAGAAACGAAAGAAAUCUGAUUCAAAGCCCUAUUCACAAAUAAAUAAGUGCCUUAAUGAAAAACGCCGUAGAGAACAAGAAAAUAUUCACAUUGAAGAACUGGCAGAACUUGUUUCUGCUAGCCCAUCUGACAUGAGUUCGCUUUCUUGUAAACCAGACAAGUGUGCCAUAUUAAAAGAAACUGUUAAUCAAAUUCGCUCUCAAAAAGAAUUAGGUGAUACUGAACUUUGUGAUGAUCUUCAACAGAGUGAAGUUUCUUCUAGCAAGCCAAAUAUCAUAAAUAAUCAAGUUUUUGGCGCCAUUCUUCUUGAAGCUAUUGACGGAUUCAUAUUUGUGGUCAAUUCUGACGGAAAAUUAGAAUUUGUGUCUGAGAAUAUUUCUUCUUUUUUGAAUUUUAGCGCAGAAGAAGUUAAUGAAAAAAUAGUAUACGAUUACAUUCAUCCGGAUGAUCGAGCAAGAUUCCAUAGUAAUCUUUUGCUUAUGAUGCCAUUAGGUAAUGGGCGUGAUUGGUCAUCUGAAAAUUUUAUUUCCAAUAAGCCAACUAAACAUUUCACCUGUCGUUUUCUUGUUAAACAAGACGAAGAUACUGAUCUUAAAAUGGAAAAUAAAUCUCCACCAAGUUCGCAAUAUGAAAAUCUAAACAUAACUGCCAACUUCAUACCCUUAGAAGAUGGAAAUAGUGAGCCACGAAAUGGUUUGACUUGUAUUGCUCGCCGUGUGCCUUUUGAGGAGAAAAGAAUAGGUAUGAAUAGUGUAGAGCAGUUUACUACUAGGAAUGACAGAGAAGGCAAAGUUAUUGACAUAGACACAAGUAAUCUGACUCAGUCAAGCAGCCAAUUUUUGCGUAAAGAAUUAAAAACUUUGUCAAUGCUUGAUUUAUGCCAUCCAAGUGAUAUUGCUACUUUUAAGCAGCAUCUGAAAGAAACUUUUGAGAAUGGUCAAGCUACUAGUGCACCUUUUAAGUUUCGUAUUGAACAGGAUAGGUAUGCUAGAAUACAAUCCAAAAGUAAAGUAUUUUCAGUGGAAGACUAUGCUGUAACUACACAUUCAAUAAUCAGGGAAAGUGAAAGCUCAAAUCAACAUGAUGGUCUUAGAAGUAUUUCCUCUCCUUCAACGGCUAGCACUUCAAGUGGUCCUGAAUGCAUAUCGGAUUCUUCUACCAGUGUAAAUGGUAGUGUUGUGCUUUCACCUAUGGGAAUCUCUAAUUAUUCAAAUCCUCUUAGUGCUUCUAAUAAUAAUACAGAGUAUGGAUUAAGUGAUCUUGUGUUAGACAUUUUUCCUUCAUCAAACUGGACACUUGAUCCUGGAUCUGCCCAAUCAAAAGAAUCAGACUGUACUAGUGUAGCAAGCUAUGCUGCCAGUCCUCAAGCAGCCCCUUUGUCCAAUCGGUCAGAGGUUAAUGCAGUCGCAUCCCCGACAAGUAGUGCCUUUGCAUCUGGAAUAACUUCCAGUCGUGGAGGAUCUUCUGUUUCAUCUCCUGCCAUGCAAAGUCGUGCGCCUACGCCAUAUGGUGGGAGUUGUUAUAGUCCAUCUACAUCUCAAUCUACUACUAAUGGUAGAAGUCCGCCCCCACGUGCCUUGUCUGCGAAAUCAGAUUCAUUGAACCUUAAUUCAGUGGAACCGUCUCUGAGUAAUUUGGGUCAAAGCUUUCGACAAGACAAGCAGCAGCAGCUUUCAAAUCAGAAACUAAGAAAUUUGUUGACUCAGAAUACAGAUGAUAGUGCACUGCGUCACAAUUUGAGAGCGGUUACUCAAGAGGAAGUUGUAGCUCUCCUCGGGUCACGUGUAUUGGAAAGUAAUUCGCGCAUGAACUUCAAUCAAAAUAUUAUUCCUCCCUCCGACAAUGUGAUUUUAAGAGACUUGCUUAGUCAAGAUGAUGAUAAUGGUGAUGAUGUACCUAUUGAACCUAUCAAAAAGACAAUGGAAAGUUCUGUGCCUAAUCCAAUGCUGAAUGUCGGAGCUUGUAAAGCAGCUGAAAAAAGUGCUCAGCAAAGGCAAUUGGGCAAUAAUAUGUUGCGAAAGCUUCUGAACAAUGACGAUUCUGACAAAGGCUAUCGGAAAACAGAUAUUAUACAACAACUGCUUGUUUCUCAUCCUAGCAGCAGCGUUUCUUUACAUAAUGAGAAAUUGAAAUCUGACAGUAUACAGAUUGCCCGUUCUGUGGAAAAUUCAGUGCCAAAACAAUUAACCUCGGAAUCUAACCGUGGAACUCCGGAAAUAACUUUUAUAACUGAAACAGCUGUAAAACGUAAAUCUUCUGAUAGAAACUCACCCAAUACAUCAAAUAAAAAGCCAAAUACUACUGGUACUCAUCUAGCUGGGCAGAACCCUAUGUUGGCAUCCAUGUUGGCACAAACUCCUCGAACCCCUCCUUCUGUUCCUACAAGUGUUGUUAAUUCCAUUAUGACUCAACUGCCGCAAGAAAGGUUGCCUAAAAAUCUUGAGAAAAAGCUUGUGCAUACUCCUGUUACAACUUCUAAUAGCAGCACUCCUACUUCUUCACUGUCUUAUACUUCUGUAACUAUGACUUCCCCGUCAUCCGUUCAGAGAGAUGUAGUUACUUCUGGAGGACAUGUCUUGCAGCAGCCUACUCAAUUUGCUAUUCAAUCGGGACUAAGGCAGGCCACUUAUCUUCAGUUGCAACAACUUCAACAACAACAACAGCAGCAACAACAGCAGCAGCAGCAACAUCAGGGUAUACUGGACAAAAUUUUAAGUUCUGGUACUAAUGGUGAUAGUAUCAUGAUUCCAAGAUCAUUAGCUGUUAGUCUUUCAAAUAUGUCGAAUCCAAUUCAACAGAGUUCAACAUCGUUCACUUCUCCGACAGUUUCUGAGACAAUUGCCUCUAGUACAUUUGCUGAAAUUUUAAAUGAGGCCAACCUUGUUGACAUAGGUACUGUUGGGACUGAUGGUGUACAAUCAAAUCAAAUUUCUGAUCCUGGGUUUGAUGCUCUUCUUGACCAAAUUUAUAGUUUGCGUGAAGAACACAAUUUAGAAAUCCCCCGUGGUAGUGAUGAUCCUCAAGCAAUAUUGAAACUCCUUGGAGAUACCCUAGAUAUAUCACAAGCUAAUAGUAUUACUCCAAUGUCAACUGUCCCCAGUGCUCAAGAGAUAGAUGAAAAAAUAGCAAUUAGUGCCAUUCAGAAAGAAUUGGAAGGUACUGCUGCUGCUAUUGCCAAUAAAGCUAACCAAAAUGCAGCUGUGAUAUCAACAUACUCUCAAGCUGGACGUUCUUUGACGCAAGUAUCCGGAACACAUGUUGUUCAAGCUCAAAUCACCCCAGAACAACUUAUUUUACUUCAGCAACAACAGCAGCAGCAACAACAACAAAACCUAUUAGUAAAUAACUCAUUGCCUCCAAAUUAUAAUUUAGUAACAAACAGAGUAAGGCUGCCGACCACUACAGUACAGACUAAUGUGGUUACUCAAAAUGUGUUAGCACAAGCUCAACGUAGGGCUAAUAUACCUGUCACAAGGAAUAUCAAUCUUGCAAAUGCUGAUGUUACUUUACUCAGGUUACAUAAAACUGCAAAGCAAAGAGCACUUCUGCAGCAACAUCAAAAGCGUCUAUUAGAACAACAGAAGCAACAGUUGGCCGUGCAAACUCAACAAUCUCUAGAUACUGUUAAUUCACCCGGAAGCUCUUUCACGACUGAGAAUAUAAAUGAUCUUCUGAACAAUACUGUUGCACCAAAUGUGACUUUAUUGCGUUCUUCUGGAAUUCCUGACGUACCUGGAUCAGCUCGUUUCAAUCUCAUUUCUGCAAACUCUUUACCUAGUCCUACCAAUCAGACCUCACCCACACCUGCUCAACUUUCACCUGGACAAAGAGUCAACCAACCCUCACCUUUUUCUCUCUCUCAGCAACCAUUCCCAAGUCAAACACCCCCACAUUCUGCUUAUCAGUCUACAUCUCAUCCACCUCCUCCAUCAUACCAUCAAGGAGUCACUAGUCAUUCUCCAUCUCCUAUUUCAUCUACUGCUUCAUCACUAAUGGUAUUGUCUCCUCAGACGACAGGUGCAGGUACCUCUCAAUGGAAUCAGAGAACUACAAGUCCUCUGCAAAAUUUGCAGCUACAGAAUCCUAUGUUAAAUGCUCAGUUAUCUCAGCAAGCCUCCAUUGGUGCUAAACUCACAGCUCAACAGAAACAAAUAAUUCGUACCCUUCAAGCUUCUACAAAUAAUCAGAAUGCAAGAAAUAUUGUUCUAACACAACAGCAGGCUGAUGUAAACUAUAAUCCUGUGUCACCUGUUAUGGUUCUUCAAUCUCAAGCUUCACAACAACAAAGAGUUCAGAGAGGUCGUAUUCCAUCCGGUACUCAAAAUCAGACAAAUUUUUCUGCUAAUGAUUCUGUUCUCUCUCCUCAAUCAUUACCCUCUCCAAGCUAUAAUCAAGCAGCGAAUGCUGCAAUAACUUCUGCUUUUGUUUCCCUAUCAUCUCCUGGUGUCACUUAUAGUUUAGCACCUGGUGGACAACAGUUCACUUUUGAAAGGCAGAGCAUUCAAGUUUUUACUACCAGUCCUAAUGAUAACUUACGUUCGUCUGCUGUUGAACAAAACACAUCUGACAACCUUCAAACUCAGUUACGAAUUAUAAGUACUUCUCAAAAUCAACUAUCUUCAAAUCUAAAUCAACAACUUCUUCAAUCUCUAACCUCUAAUAAUUCUCUCUCUGGAACUCGUGUAGUCAAUGUGAAUUCUCUUUCUAGAGAAGCCUUAGAAGAACUUGGAUUGUCAGUGGAACUACUACCUGCUGAAACACAGCCAUCACCUCAACUAGCUUUUCAAGCUUUGUUAAAUGAUGCAAGUAGUCUUGAGACAGCUUCGCAGCCUAUUAGUCCUAGAGUUCAGGUAGAAGAACCUAAACCGGACCAGAAGAAGAGUUUACUUCAGCAACUGUUAUCAGAACCUACAUGAGACAAGUCUUGCUUGUAUUAUAAAUUAUGAUGUACAAAAAAAAAAAUUACCUCAUGUUGUGUAUUGCUGUUUGUGUUACACUUUGAACUGUUUUGUAAGUCCUGUAGGUCGUGGUUGUUGCAGACCUCAACUCUGAAACAGUUUAUUAUAAUAAAUUAAUUUUAUCAAAUUAUGUAAUUGAUUCUAUUUUUUUAUUUUACUCUGGAGUAAUCUUUGUUCCCGAAAUUAUGUGAUGCUUUAUUUAUCCUAUAAUCAAUAUCGCUAAGGAGAAAAUAUUUAAAAAAAAAUCUUUUAAAUAAGAAAAAUAUUCAUCAGCUUUUACCUCAGUCAAACCUUGAAAAUUUUACGUGUGAGUACUGAUUAAUAUUCUUUUUAUUAAUUUAAUAUUGUGUAAUGAAACAAACCUACUGUAUUUCCAAAAUACCUCGCUGUUUUUCAUUCUAAAAAAUUUUUGUCAUAGAUUAAAAAAGGGGAUUUAUUAUACUAAUUUUUCAUAUCAAUAGCUUUAGAUUUAUUUAACAUUUCACCGAUUUAUCUAGUACCUGAAACCCUUUUGGAACUAGCUAUAAUUUGCAAUAGACUGGCUGGAUGUCUAUUUUCUUGUUUUUAAAAACCCCACUUUUAUUGUUAUUUUUUUCCUUUAUUAACGUUGAUGAACAUUUCUUGUUAUAGGUUGUAAAGGGGCAUGUAUUUAAAAUUAAUGUCUUUUCUUAAAUUAGUAUUUAAUUUUUGGUGUGCUUUAUAAAUUCUGAAGCAAUUUCACUUUAACAAAUUGUAAAUAAAUUGUUCUUAGUAUUGGUUACAUAAAAGAAAAUAUAAACUGGAAGUGUAGACAUUAAUGUUGAAAAAAAAAAAAAUUCUUGUAGUAAUUGUAAAAUUAAGUAGAUGAAAAAGUAUUGGUUAUUUGAUUGUUCCUGAAAUAAUUUUGUUAUUUAACUUGCAAAUUAAAUAUUUUAUAGUAUUGUUAUGUUUACUUCCCUGUUGUGUUCAAUAAAUAAAAUUUCUCUAAAUAUGUAAUUAUAUUUAAAAUUUUGUUUUCUGCUUAAUGUUAUUUAUAAAGAAGAUAUAUUGUAAAGACCAUGUAUCAAGGUUUAUUUGACUUGAUUUUUUUUUCUAUUACAUUACCAAUUUUUUAUGACAUUACUGUAUUUUUGAUUUAGAUGUAUAUUUCAUUUGUGACAAAAAUGCGAACAUGAAAUGUGUUAAAUAUUUUUAUAAAAUAACCAAUUAAAAUUGUGGUUGUAAAAAUAACAGGUUUGCAGUGUAAUUUAACUCAUUGUUAAAAUUAAUAAUUUUUAUUGUUAAUAUUUAUGCAGUCUGUGAUAGGUAUUGCAAAUUAUUUUGACAAGAGUUGCUAAUUCUCUGAAAAUUUAUUACUGUACUAUAAAGUGAUUUAUUCAUUAAGGACACGUUGAUGUAUUAUAUUUAAAAGAUAUGUUUCAUUUCCAAAUUUGUGACGUAUAAGAUUUAAGUUCGAUCAAUGCCAUUUUAUUUCUUUGUAGAUUUUUCUUUUCAUCUGCAAAACUGCUCUAAAUCUAUGUUAUUAAAAUGCUGUGGAUGGAAAAUUAGAAACUAGCAAAUUCUAAGAUUAAGAAAAUGUUGUAAUUAAGAUAUGAAAAAAUCAUAUUGUCAAACAAUUUUAAAGAUCAAUGGAGUCUGCCUAUAAUUGUCACCAACAGAAGACAAUUCAUGCAGUUCUAAUAGCAAUUACCAAUGCUUUUCACUUCUCUGUUGGUCUCUUGCAGAGUUUCUUUUCAAAUGUCAAUCUGCCUGAAGUUAAUUAAACUCAAAUUUAUAAAACUAGUUAAAAUUUACAUGUCAAAAGAAGUAUACCUAAAUAGUAUUGCUAGAGGCUGUAGAAAUGGAAUGUUUUUUUUUUAAAUCAUUGGUCCUUUAAACUUUUUUUAAAUUGAAAUUAAAUAUUCUCCCAGCUUACCAUUGAUUUAUAAUCCCUUUUUUCCUAAAGCAACUGUUAAACAAUGUAUAUAAGCAUAACAAAUCUUCACCAAAUCGCUGAUAAUAAGAAAUGUUAUUUUGCUGAAUUGUAGGUAUAAGUUAUGUACUUAAAUGUGUGGAGUUAAACUUGUGAUGUUACCUGUUAAAUAACUGGUAUCUGCUUUAGAAAUGGAAAAAAGCAGUGUACCCAUUGGUGCUGUGUGUUUUAGUGUAUCAUAUUUUGACAUUGUAUGGUUUGUAGGAUAAUAGCACGCUUUCCAUCCUAAACUAUGAGAUUAAAAAUGGCCUUAUCUGAAGACACCAUAAAUACGUUUGUUAAUACAAUAUAAACUUUAAUAUUUUUAUAUCUUUUUCCUAAAAGGCUGCUCUCUGAAAUGUGUUAUUAAAAUAAAGAGAUUUGUUUGUAUAGUAUGUUCAUUUGUUACGUUUUCAGCAUGUCGAAGUAGAUUAGUUGCCACAGCUUUGAUUUAGCAUCUUGGCUCUGCGAGUGGUUAAUCAUCGUAUCAUGGUGUUCAUUAGUAUUACUGGUUGCAUGGCCUAAAUUAUUUGCUGUGGAUAACUUGUAUAGCGUUACAUUGUCUGUAAUUUUUGUAUUUAUAAUAUUGCAUUUUUAGAUUUUUUUUUUAAUAUCAAAUCAGAUUUUACUGAACAAAUUCUGUUGAAUAUUAAUGGAAAAAAAAUCGUGAGAAUAUAUAUAUAUUGUGCUAAACAAGCUGCGAUGUAACUGUUCUUUAUUGUAUGUUUUAUAUGUACAACAUAUUUCUUAAGUUCCUGAAACAUUUUAAUUCACAAUUGUACAAUUUCUUGUAAAUCUAAAUAAAUUGGGUUUAUCAAUA